UAAAGAUUUUAUGCAAUCCAACUGCUCAUCGAAAAACACAUUUUGAAGUCGCUUGAUCGGAAACUGUAUCGAAUAUUCAAUUUGUUACACACUGCCUCAACAAACGGAUUUUUUCAAUAGAAACAAAAGAACAACGAGGAAGCGCGCUUCAGCUUCGAUUGAUAAUCACUCUCUCUCCUACUGACGCUCGUCGAGAGAGAUUUCACGUUGCAGCGUCGGGGAAAGCGGAACGAGCAGAGGGGGGAAACGAUCUGACAACACAUAACACAACACAAACACAACAGGCGGGAAGGUCGAGCCACGUGACGUAGCAUUAACCGGUGCUGGCAAAUAUUGCGGGGCGCGUGACGCUCGCGACGGGCUCGCGAUUUUGACGUGAAAUUUAUCGGCACAUCGGCGUAUCGAGGAAUACGACGAUAUAUACAUAUAUCGGUGCGGGAAAGUGCAGUUUCAACCAACCGGACUCACGCGCUAGGGAUGUAGAGCGCUCGCACGUGAGCGAAACGUCGCGGUGUGUGUUGACGGGAGAUAUAAAUGGUUGUCGUCGAAGCUUCGAUCUCGCGUGUAAGGAAGAACACGAGUCACCAUGGAGCCGGUGAUAGCGAAAAUGGCUCCCGCAGGGGUACCUUCGUCAAACGGAAUUCUGCCACCGUCUAUAGGACCUACUACCACGCCGUUUGCAAGUUAUAAAAGGACCUGGUGGAGAAGAGUGGCCCCCUGCCUGGCCUUCCUCGGCUUUUCCACCGCCAUGGCUCUGCUUCGUUGGAGCGAAGCCGCGGCCUUGAGGAGACAGGCGUUCGACGCGAACAUGACCAGGGACUACGUGCUCGACAGCGUCUCGAUGGAUAAUCCGCAAUUGGUCGCGUACAUACGGCAGGUGCAUCUGAAACCGACGACUCAUCAGGAUCCAUUGAACGCCAAUCAGACGUCGGAGGAAAAGUACGAGGCCAGUUUGUCGCAGGGCAAGCGCGAAGGUAUCUACGCGGAGUACAUCAGCAGGAUAGGUGCGAUUUCUAGCACCGCUUGGCUCGAGUCCAACCUGAGUUGGCGAGGUGUCCUGAUACUCACUGAGCCUAGGAGCUUCUUCGAGGCGCAGAGGAGCACCAGAAAUCCGAGAUCGCGGGUUCUUCACGCCUGUCUGAGCACGGAUACGGAUACCAAAGAGAUAAAAUAUCACCAGGAGUCGGAGGUUCAGGUCACCAAACUGGGCGACGGCCCUAAUAGCCUCGUAUCAUCGGACGAUGGCUUUCCCACCACCAGACUCAAAUGUUUUCCUCUCUACAGCGUGCUGUUAGCGUACAACGCCACUACUUUGGAUUACCUGAAUCUGGACAGCCCCGACGCUCCUGAUGGCCAGGUGCUCGACACUAUUCCUUGGGACAUCAUAAGAAUAUCGAUACUGUCGAUACGCUGGAGUCCCCAUCACAGCGAGGCGGAAACGAAGAACUUCAUUGACAAAAUGGCCAGCCGGAGAUACAAGCUCGUGCACACGACCGACACCGGAAAGUGGAUUUUCCUGUACAAUACUCUGCUUAAGAUUUGAUCUUUGACUCAGGUUAAUGCGAUAGACUGGUCUGCGCCCGUGUCGCAGGAUAAAACAUAUAAUUUAAGCGACUCGAAGCACCAUUAACCCUUCUUCUCAUCGCGCUUUUGAUCCGUUCUUAAUAUUUUACUCGCAGUCCGUGGAAAUAUUUCUUUCGAUCAAAAGCGCGAUUUUUUCCGUUCGAUCUCACACACAAGGGCGAAUUAAUUCGCAGCGAUAUUAAGGACGCUGGAAAUAAUCGGGAAUUAGCACCCCGCUGAACUCCCAAAUUUGUUAUUAGCCUCGCACUUCGCUGUGGGACACUUCAAAGGUAAGUCUGUCUUUCCCGCGAAUUGUAGAACAAUGUUUGCCCGCAAUAAUUUAGUACAAGUUCGCUAAUAACAAUCGAUUGAAUCCCGGUAGAAUUGCGAAUUCAAGAUUUUUUGUCAAAUUUAAAAUUUGAUCUAUAUUUUGAACGUCUCAACCGUUUACUGAGCUGAGGGUCAAAAUUAUAGUCGAAGAUUCGUGAUUUUAAUUUUUCGAAAGAUUCAGAAUUCCGGAUUGAAGUCGAUAACGCAAGAAUAAAAUUUUUGCGGAGCUCAUGAUUUCCAAAUCUCGCGAUUUCAAAUAGUGGCUUAAGUUUCAGAGAUCUUUUGGCUUUAAUAUCCCGCAAUUCCAAAUUACGUAAAAUCCCUUGAGUUUUCCUUAGAGCUGCUGCCACUCAAGGAAUGAUUUAUGAUCUCCCAUGUAAGAAUAAAUUUCGCGAACUUGAGAAAAAUUAGGGAUUUGGAUUACUUUCCGACAUCCUUGAUAUCCGCGUGUCGAAUGCGAACAGUGAAUAUGGGGUGUAACGAUUUCUUUCAUCGACGCGAAUUAAAUGUAGAUGAUAUCGUAUUCUAUGCGCGCGCGCAUAUUUUCAGCCGUAUGGCGGAAACGUGUGACCCCAAGCGUGCGAGUCCUUAAAUCUUGCUUCAGAUAUGACUUUCUGCGUAUGUCUUAUCGUGAGACGUGCUACGACUUUUCUCGUUUUCUUUCUCAAUUGUAGUUUACGCGUAUCGACGAGCCAGUGAGAGAGAGAGAGUACUUUUAAUUUUUCUAUUCAUACAAACGACGCGUAUGAUAAAGACUGAGGUUCCGCGUAGACGCAGGACCGCUUUCCGGCUCUCCUGCGGUGUUCCGAUUGCUUCGCCAUUACUGAUUUCGCAAUAAUAACUUCAAAAUCAUCACGUAAUGUUCUGUUCAUUUCAUUAAGUAUUGUACACGCGAGUGAUUAACCGGUGAUUCAUCAAUAAUUAAUUCGUAAUAGCUAUUUAAGUAUUUACACGAUAAAAAAGAUAUAUAGAUUAAACGAUGAUUUCAGAAGAUUGAAGAGAUAUAUGUACGUACAAUAAUUUUCCUUCGUUUGUGUGUGUGUGUACAGACUGCCUAAUCGUCAUUCUCUACGCAUUCAUUCGUUUCCCCAUUUUCAUUCUAAUGGAAAAUAACGCGGGAUUGAUUUGACUCCAAGACAAAUAACAGCAAAUUGCGAAAUUCGCGACAUUUUUGCGUAACGAGUGUCCAAAACUUUACUUUAUUCCCCACUGCGAGUAGUUUGUUCGAGUGGAAUGUAACGUGAAAUUAGUUUUACGUAGGGGGGGGGAAAAAAUAGUUCAACCGCAGUGGAAGGCGAGAAAUUAAUUUUUCCGCGUGGCUGAGCUAAAUAGCGCUCUGCUUAAUCCUGCCUCUCCGUAAUGGCUUUUUCCGCGAGAAUAUGUAUGGUAUUUGCGUGAAUGCAAUUCUUACGUGCGCGCGCGGUGCAAGAAUUUUGGACACUUACAUCGGAGAGUUCCAAAGUUUCGUGGAUCUGAUUAGAAUUGAGGAGUCUCCGGGGCUUCGUUACACGGUCCCGAGAUUGAAGUUGUCGGAGACACGAGAAACCGAUAACUCGCGGGGAUUCACGGGACCUUUCGCUUUAAUGGUCCGAGAAGAUCCACUGGAAAAUCCAAUCCCGAUAAAGUCGCGGAAGAGUUAAAGGGUUAGUUCAAGUGUCCGAUUCUUCUCCGGAACGCGCACCGAAAAGAAACACUCAUUUUUCGUACGAUUUUACGGUAGCACGUUUUUAAUCCAGAAGGUAAGUUAAUAAAAAACAGCGAUCGAGCGUUUUACGAAGGACGCGUUGAUUUUUUUAUUUUUUAAGUGACAUUGCACGCGCGCGCGCUCAUCCGCUGCACGCGCGUCAAUGUGUUAUCACGGUGAUAAGCAAGUGAGUUAAUCUAAUUGUAAGGUAUUUCCUAAGCUCCCGCAUUCGCGCCGCGCAUUUAGAGCUAAACGCAAUCGUCCGAAUCUCAUCUUAUGUUAAUACUACAUUUUUCAAGUCAUUCGUAUUGACGAUAGAUCAAUUAUUAAUAGUGUAAUAAUAAUUUGUGACCAUUCGUUAUUAGAAUUCGAAGCUGAACAUCCGCAUUAUUCAUGCUACACGUGCGAUGAUGAAUCGGGACGUAAAUACCUAAAGCACAGGCCUUAUUAGUGCGUAAGGUGAUAUAUGUAUUUUCUUAAAGUGUUCUACACAUGAGUAUGCGUUGAUAAGUAAUAUUAACCCGUUCAAGUGGUUCUCGCGUUUAUUAAAUUAUAUCUCCGCGGUGGAGAUCUAUGCAUCGAUUAGAUCUCUAAUACAUUUUUUUUAUGUUGAAUAUAAAUUAUGAAUUUUUUGCAAUAUGUUUUCCAAGUUUUAGGGGUAAGGAGGUUAUUGCAUUAUCCUUAUUAUAAAUUUGUCACUUAUAAGUAAAUAAAUAUUUUUCAGGAAAAAAUAAUUUUGCUUAAUGAGUGUUAUUAUCUCGUAGCCCCUAAAAUUCUUCUGGCUUCGUUUCGCGAAAAGUUAUUAUUUAUUUAUCCGUAAUCUACGGAUUUUUGUUUAGUGCAAAUUCGAAAUCAUCACAUUCAGCGCAGGCACGCGAAAAAUACGUAUUACGCGUAUAAAUGGAUGUAUUGUUUUUGCGUUUUCGAAUUUCAGUGUCACGUUACAAUUCUAGACAAAGCAAGAACUACUUACAUUCGUAACGCAUGUUUAACGCUAAACGUGAUAAUCGGUAUAGUCUCUCAUUUGUCCUCUCUGAAUUUGAGUUGCACUUUGAAUGAUUAAGAAUGAGAAUCAAGUGCCUUGGCGUUAAAUGUACGCUGCGAAAGCGGGUUUCUCUGACUUGAGAUUCUACUGACGCAUUAUUAUGAGUUAUUAGAAGCAGUGUUCAGUACGACAGAUACUUAAUAAUAAUCCGAUGUUCUUUGCAUCGAUCAUUAUUUCGUUGCAAUGAUCAUCGUGUUAUUUUUACAAUUAAUUGCAUAAAGUACACUCGCGAGGACAUUGAAUUUUUGCUAAGUGCAAUAUUCGUGAUGCGGAUAUUUUUUCUAAUCUUUAAGAAACUUGAUUUCAGCAAUUUAUGAUUUGAAAGAUCCGUUGAAGGAUCCGUAUCUUUAAAUUUACAGGUGAAUUCACAAAUUCAAGAAUCCAAGAUUUUAAUUAAAAACUCGUAAAUUUUUUAAAAAAUAACAGUGGAAGUUCUUACAUUUAGGAUUAAGACUUUGAAUGUAGAAUCUCUCAUUAUUUCUCUUUGUAUUAUGUAUAGGUGGAACUUUAUUAUUUAAAAAUGAUUCCAUCGAUCAUAUUAUAUUAAGCUAGUUUUAAUAUUAAUAAUGAUUAAUUAGGUUAAUAUAAUAAAAUAUUAAAAUAAUAAAAGUUCUACCUAAAAUUAUGAAUCAAUAAAAAUUCAAUUCAAGUACAAUAUGAGUUUAAAGCGAGAACUUUAUUGCGUCGAAAAAAAAUACGAGUUUUUAGUUGGAGCUACAAUCUAAAUAAAUAUAAUCUCAUUUUCAUGAUGGCACAUUUAUUAGAUAAAUUUUGGGUUAUGUGAUUAUUCAAUUAUUACGCACCCGCGAAUAUGCACUUACACGAGUUCAACCACACGACGGCGCGAUUUAUUGUAAAUCCUCUAUUUGUAAGGAUAAUCCGCUUUCCUUGCCGCUUAUCGAAAACCAUUCCAUGACUAUUAACUCGCAUAUUUUUCUCUUUCUCUCGCCAGUGCCUAUGCGCAAUUUCGACUUCAUUGUAGUGUCUAUGCGUUUUUUCGAGAGAUUUUCCAUUUUUGUUUAAUUUUUUUUAUAUAGCGUAUAUUGUAACUCGUAGUUUUGACACGUCGAAAAUAAGACUGCUCGCGUUUGUCGUGCGAAGAGCAGAUCAUUUCUUUCCAGAGCAAUAAAUUUGGAUAUUAUA